CAACUGUCAUCCAGUUGCUCUGCAACAGCGCGGGUGCGGAGUGUGCGUGCAGAAAAAUUGAAGUGCGAUCGAAUCUGAAUCGAGAAAUUAUUUAUUUAGUUUUAGUUUCUAACGUUUAUUGAACUCGAAUUUCCGGCACUUCGACGAUCAUGGAUGUGUCCACCGUGGACGGCUUCAAUUCCUGGCUUAAUGGGAAACUGCGGGAGUUCAACACCGAUGAGGGAGUCUUCGGUUCCUAUAUCAUGAGUAUCCUGGAGGGGGAUGAAACCAAUGAAGAGAAAACCGAGGCCCUGGAAGGGAUCCUAGCAGAAAUUCUAGAAACGGAUUUAAACACAUUUAUCAAAGAAAUUCUCGAUAAAUGGAAACAGUGUCAGCAGGUGCAGGACACUGGAGCUUCCAAGCUGAAGCUGGACGUCGACGAGCAGCUGGCGAAGCUACUGGAGAGUCAGAAGCUGGCCAAGAAGGAGGAACGUGAAUAUACCGAAGAGGAACGGCGAAUCAAGCAGCAAAUUUUAUCCCAGUACAGCCAGCUCUCGGAAAGUGAACCGGAUGGGGACGACGACGACGCUGGGGCUGGUGGAGGGGGCGGUGGUGGUGCCGGUCCAUCGUCCAACGGAGGCCUAGCACGUAAUACCAAUGCCGCCGAUGUAGCCGCCCUGGUGCGGGAGAAGCGCGAACAGGCCAAACUCGAGAGUCAACAGAAGAAGGAGAAGGACAAACAGGACCGCGAAAAGCAGAAGCAACUGCGCGAGGAAAAGAAGGAAAAACGCAAAACCGUCAAAGGAGAACGGAGACGGUAGCGCCCUUGAAUGGGUUUUGUCGACGAAUUUGUACAAUGACAUGGACAAGGAAUGUUUUAGUGCAGAAAGAAACGCUUCCCCGAGUUUGGAUCAUGGUCCGAAGAAAAUACGCAAUAACGAUAGCAUGUACGUAGUUAUGCAAUUGACGCGUUUGUUCAAUCAAUGAAUUAAAAAAAUCGCAAUCAGCAAUGUUAAACAAAAA